UUGCGUCACAUGUCGCGGUAAAUUGUAUUCUAUCGGUUUGGUCUAAAAACAUUUUUUCAAUUAAUAGGUUACUUCUUAGUUGAUCAGUGUUUGAACAAUGGAUUUGGAUACUGCCUACAACUUUUAAUCGAAGACUGGUUAACAGAUAUUCGAACGACCAUCAAACAGGAAGAGAAUCUCGUCAGAGCCGACGAUGAAUUUUAUAUGCCUUUUGUUGGUAACUAUGCAGGCUCUCUAUGUAAACUUUCCAAGCAAUAAAUAAUUAUGCAAAAACGCAUUGAAUGUACAUACAAUUCAUUACUUGCACAGCGAUUCCGGUACCGAUCGUGAGCACAAUUUUUCAUAUAACAGAAUAUUUAGAUUUGGGUCCAGAUACCAAAUACAUUACUAUUCAUUUGUAUGAUAAGUUCAUGUGCAAGUAUUUUUGGGAAGUUUACAAAGCUGAAUUUAUUGACCAUGCAGGAGGAUCUUGGACAGAAGUCUGUACUAAGAUAUCCAGCCAAUCGAAAUUGUAUCUUAUGUCUUGUUUGCAAUUAGCUAGCAAAAUGGAUUCCUAUUCAAAGAAUUUGGCAAUUUCUCAAGUGCUUUAUAUUUUACAGUGGAUAGACAAAAAUACCGAAUACGAUCACAGCAUUGUUUUUUCAUCAGAAUUUAAAGUAUUCCAAAUGAUGGGAUAUAAGAUACCAUUAUGUACUCCCAUAAAUUGCAUAGAAGUACUUCUAGCUGCAACAGGUUUAAGAAAUACAUCUAACAUGCAGGAGAUAACUACAAGUUUGUUGGAUUUAGUUUAUUUGCAGAAAGAAAAGCUAUAUUCUCAUCUACAGUGCUUGAUUCAAGGACAUAGAGCACAGACUGCCCAGGAGAAGAGGGAUCUCAUGACUUUGCAAUCAAACUUCUUAUUUUUAGGGGCUUCUAUCGUUCUUUGUGCAACAUUUUUCAAUUACGCAGAAACUCGAACAGCAAAAAUUAUCUCUUCAAAGUUGUCAGAGUUGGUGGACAUAGAAUCAGAUAAUAUAUGGGACAUGGCCAAUAUACUCCUUGUGCUGGCGAUUCAAGAAUAAGUAAAGCAUCUAUAAAUAAAUAAAUCCUCUUUGA